AGGUGCUAAGGUGAACGCCGCCCGGCUACACGAGACGCCGCUGCACCACGCUGCUAAGAACACCCAGGCGGAGAUGGUGGAGAUGCUGGUGGAGUUCGGGGCCGACGUCUACGCCCGAGACCAGCACAACAGGAGACCCGUGGACUACGCCGCGCCCGGGUCGCCCUCGGCCACCUGCCUCCGCUUUUACGCGACCACCCCCAUGACCCUGCAGCAGCUCAGCAGGCUGGCGGUGAGGAAGACACUGGGCACCAGAGCUCUGGAGGUCAUGGGUCAACUCCACGUACCCAAGCUCAUCAUCCGCUACCUGUGCUACCAGUGAGGGGCACCCCGAGG